ACUAAGAUAAGUCGAUCCGCUUAGCUCAUCGUAAAUAAAAGGUUUCUGUCGUGGUUGCUGCUGACUCUGUUGAUCUUUAAGAGAAUGUGAUGCAGCUCUGAACGCCUUUGAUAACACCUGAGCGGAGGCAAGCAGUCAACCCCUUUCGUCUGGGACACCGAAGGCACUGUAACCGUAGAAAUAUGGCAUGGACAAAAUCACGCAUUGUUACUCUUACCAAGCGUGAGGGGCAAAGCUAUGGCUUCUUCCUCCGGGUGGAGCAAGGGGAGGAGGGUCACCUGAUUCGAUCCCUGGAGAUGGGCGGCCCUGCUGAACUGGCUGGUAUGAAGGAUGGAGACCGUAUAAUCAGAGUCAAUGGAACGUUUGUGGACAAUAUGGAGCACAACCAGGUUGCAGAUAUGGUGAGAAAAAGCGGAAUGACUGUCACGUUCCAUGUUAUUGGAGAAGAUGCAUACAAGCAGGCCAAAACCGAUGGAGUGAACCUUGCCGAACCUCAGUCCCAGACCGGUCAAAACCAACCCACUAUGAAUGGAGUGUCAGCACCAGCCCCUAAAGCCAAAUUAUGUUAUCUGCAAAAAUCCAGUCGGGGCUUUGGUUUCUCUCUAAGAUCUACCAAAGGUGAUGAAGGCACAUUCAUGACAGAAGUGAUUUCUGGAGGCGUGGCUGAUCAGGCUGGCGUGAAGGGGGGCGACCGUGUGGUGGAGAUAAACGGUGAAAAUUUUGAAAGUGCCACUCAUGAUCAGAUUGUGCAAAAGUUGAAAGAAAUUGGGAACUGUGUCAUGCUUCUACUGGUGGAUGAGGAUGCUGACAAAUACUUCAAAAACAAAAGCAUUCGGCAAGGGGUGGAUAACGCAACGGUCAGGCACCUCCCACAUAAGCCACGCAUUGCAGACAUGGUCAAGAGAGCGGAUGGUUAUGGAUUUAUGUUGAAGGCAGAGCCUAAUCGUGCCGGCCAUUACAUUGGAGAAAUUGAUAAGGGAAGCCCAGCAGAGCGAGCAGGACUCAAGGAUUCUGACCGACUGGUGGCUGUGAACGGAGACGAAAUACACAGCUGCACACACGAGGAGGUGGUGGAGAAAAUACGUCAACAAGGAAACAAGUGCUGCCUCCUGGUGCUGGAUGCUGAAACAGAACAAAUGUACAAACUGGGUGGUGCUUCUCCUCUCUUAUACUAUGAGGAAAUGAGAGCAAAUCUGCCCAGCUAUCCAGAGUCUGAACCUGAAUCUACACCUGCCCUGACUCCAGCCCCAGCGGUUCCUGCACCCGUCCCAGCAGUUCCUGCACCCAUUCCCGCAGAAACGGUCCACAAACCCAAACUGUGCCGACUUGAGAAGACUGCUGCAGGAUAUGGCUUCCAUCUCAAUGGCAUCCAGGGAGUGCAUGGACAGUACAUCAAAGAGGUGGUGAAAGGUGGAGCAGCAGACAGAGCCGGACUAGAAGAUGAAGAUAUUCUUGUGGAAGUGAAUGGAGUUUACGUGGAAAUGAGCACACAUGAGGAGGUUGUGAACCUCAUCCGCCAAAGCGGUGACAGGCUGGUCCUCCUAGUGGCUGGGAAGACAGCCUAUGACCACCUGAAAGCGCAAGGGAUCACCAUCACCCCUCAACUGCUGGAUGAAGAGCCCUCCGCUGAUAUUCCAACACCAGCCAGCGCACAAGAGGAAGAGACGAACGAACAGCAUCAAGAUAAAGAGAGCGACAAGGAGACAGAAAAAACUGCCACUCCACCACGUUCAAGGACUUCGUCCUCGUCAUCAUCAUCUUCAUCAGACAGUGAGGACCAGAGACUCUGAGCUCAAUGAACUGACAGAUCCGUCGAUAUCCUGCUUUAGUGACAGGUCCAUGUACUUACUGUACCUGAUCAACUACAAUCUAAAAGCAGUGAAAUGCCCUUCAAACAAUACACUCCAGGAUUUAAGAAUACUGAAGUAUUUUCAAUUCCAUAAUAUUAACAGCUAAAGAAUACACUACACCACUUUUAAAAUCUGAACAGAUUUUUUAAACUAGACAUCACACACUUGCAGACUUUUUGAAAGUUUCAGAAAAAAACGGAAUCACACAUUAAGCGAUAAAAUCUGCAAGUCCAGACUGAAAAACUGGGCAAAAUCUGAGCAAAAGUGUUGUAGUGUAUUCCAGCCUUAAACAGAUAAUGGUAGUAUUAAUUGUAACAGUUAUACCU